CUGCGACGUUGAGAGCGGGAGUAUCGAUACGUACGGCGAAGUAUCGAAGUAUCAGUGGCCAUCCCUACCAAAACGGCACUUCCGUGCCGUGGAUGCGCGAAUGGCCGAUACUGUCGUUUCUGUCAGACGCACCGAUCACCGCUACGGAGGAAUCAUGUGAAUGUCCGUCGGAGGACCGCGAGAGAAACGUAUGCGACGCGUCUGAGGUCGGUCGGUCGUAGUGAAACGGAGACGGGAGUGGUUGGAAGCGCGCGCGAGUUUACGACGGGGGCGAGCACGGGGAAGCGAGGCAACGGCGGCGGUGCCGUUGGAUGUCAGAGCGAAUCACACACGGAAGGGUAAUCCUCGUUCCUCGGGUCAGAGGGCUUUAAACGGGCGAGACAAAGCGGGACACCGGGGUGAUUCUGAUCGUCGUCACCGCCCGAAAUACGCGCGUGUGAUCGGGAAUCACACUCGCGGUUUGUGUGUAGGCGAGAGAGAAAGAGAGGAUGAUGCGUCGUCGUUCGCCACAGUGAUGCCGCCGCCACCGCGAACUUUGUUCACACGCGCCGCUUGUUUUGCAUCGUUAACUGCAAUCGAACGGAUUCGUUUUACUCGCACGCUAAUGGCCCGUGCUGAUAGAUCGCGGGACUGACCAGGCGAGGCGAGCGCAGCGGACAGGGAUCCCAGCGCAGCGCGGAAAGAGAGAUUCACGGGGCGAGGGAUUCUCUCCCUCGAUCGCGUCAUCGUCGUAAUUCGUCUCGUCGUUUCUCCCGGAGAACAUCUCCACGUAUAUUGAAUUAAAGAUACAACGAGAACGCACAGUCACUCGUGUUCUUGAGAAGGAGUUGUAACCUUGUACGUCAUCUGUACUAUCAUUUCACGAAAAUGUUUGUAAAUACCACAUGCUGCUUCUAAAUUUAGUUAUGGAGGAUAGCAUGAGUGUAAAGUCUAUGGAAUCAGUGGCGACAAGCGACGAAUAUGAAUUUGUAAAUGAAAGAGGUACUAGCAAGCAGCAACAAGCUCUUUUGGAACCACCUAUGCUAAAAAUUGCCAACAACGGCAAUCUAGAGGAUCUGCAAAACAAUCUUCGUGAGGUUUUAACGGAGGACUUGAAGAUGGAGUGUAGUGAAUUCAAGUCGACAGGUGCCAGCAAACAGAAGACGAAAAAAGUAGGCCAUAGCAAAUUCUAUGAUGUUAGUUCUUGUCUUGUUGCAUCCGAAAAACAGGAUAUUAUGAAGCCUGAAGAUUACAUUGAAGAAGAAUUAAGCACAUUAUCGCACGUUCAACAAGAAUGCACCAUUUUCAAUGGUGUUACUUACCUGGGAGCAGCUGCAAUAAAUGCACCAAAAUCGGAAUGUGAAAUACAACGUAACAUGCACAUACUGAAUGCAGAGCAAUCUUUGAAUAUAGGAAUAAAAGUUUCCGUCUCAGUCCCGAGUAGUUCGCAAGGCUCGGUCGUUUUAUACGAUUCCGCAACACAACAAGCUAUCGCCCAUUACGAAGUGCAACGUAUACUAUUUUAUGCACGUGGCGAAAAUACUGGUACUUGCGCGGCGUGUUUCGCUUUCACGUGGUCGCACGGCGAUACUUUAGAAUCUGCCAUUUAUCAGUGUCAUGUUUUUCGUUGUGACAUACCAGAGGCGGUUGGGCAAGUGUCAGCCUGCUUUUCAAAAGCGUUCCACAGAAUACCACGUUCAAUGACGGGUUCUUUGACGGGCAGCGAUUUCAAUGGUUUCAACGCUGGCAAUGAAAAAGUUAACUCCAGAGUAUUCAUUUUCGAAGUGACCAUGGAAAUAAAGGAAGAAGAUGGGAAAGGCGGCUUCAGUACGGUCCCUAAGGAUAGAAAUUGUUUUAAAUUACGAAGUAACGUGGCGAAACAAGUUUGCUUAAGCAUCCAGCAAGUGUCCAGUAAAGAAGGCGGCAUUACACUCGAAGUAGAGAGGUGUUUCGGAGUUCUCGUUAGCCCCGGGCGAAAUGUUAAGCACAGCGAUAUGCGACUACUCGAGAUGGUAACGAGAGAUUCACUCCAGCCAGUUAAUUUUAUGUCUAUAAUCACCUCAGAUGUUCGCAAUAUUACGACAAUUUUGCAGCAAGUUAAUACUGGACCAAUAAUGCAAGACAAACAGUGCUAUAAUAUUUGCGGACGCUGGGACCCCGCCGAUCCCGCAUUGGAAACUCUCAAUAUAGAAACCCCUAGAGAGGGUAAAAUUUUCAUAACUAUCGCCGUUGAUCUCGUUAUCAGAGACAUUCGGGAACCAGUGAGAUUUGUGAUAGAGACAUCAGUCAAAGUAUUUCCACAAAACGAGAGAUUUUGGUACUUUAACAAGAGAAAUCUCGUGCAACAGUUUUAUCUGAAUUCUAAAGAGGUAAUUUCCGGAGACGGUGCGGAAGUACAUUAUGAAGUACAAAGUAUAGAAACAUCUGGCGAAUUAGAUAGAAACAGAUUAAAUCUUGCACUGAACUUGGCAUCCUUAAUUAGAUCACCGUCUUUAACCAGUAUUGACACGCUUACGCCUAAAGAAGAAAUAGAUUCAGAUGGAGAUGAGCCGAUGUUAAGUGGUACAGGUGAAGUUUCAAAGGACUGCUCAGCGGACGAAUUGGCUAGCUGGGCUGAGGUUUUAGACAGUUGGCAGACUAACGAGCAACGUCCGAAGCUUCUCGUAAAACUCGCGAAGCAAGGGAUCCCUGAAGCUUUACGUGGCGAAGUUUGGCAACGUUUGAGUAAUUGCGACAGUUCACAAGAGAUGAUGGACAAGUACAGAAUGUUAAUUACAAAAGAAAGUAGCUGCGAGAGUGUGAUUUUAAGAGAUAUCAACAGAACAUUUCCGGCGCAUGAUUUCUUUAAAGAAACGGGAGGUUUAGGGCAAGACUCCUUAUACAGAAUAAGUAAAGCAUACGCUGUUCACGACGAAGAAGUUGGAUAUUGUCAAGGCCUUAGUUUCUUAGUUGCUAGUCUACUACUUCAUAUGCCCGAAGAACAAGCGUUCUGUGUUCUGGUCAAGUUAAUGUACGACUACGGUCUUCGAGAUUUAUAUAAAGACAGAUUUGACAACCUUCACAUGCGAUUUUAUCAAUUAAAUCGCUUAAUAGAGGAUCAAUUACCAGAAUUAUACAAGCAUUUCUGUGAUCGCGGCGUGGAAACGCACAUGUUCGCCGCACAAUGGUUUCUAACUCUAUUUACGGCUAGGUUUCCAUUAUACCUUGUUUUUCAUAUUCUGGACGUAUUUCUUUUACAAGGACUCGAUACACUUUUUCAAGUUGCCCUCGCUUUGUUAAUGUUGUGUAAAAAGGAGUUAUUACAAUUGGAUUUUGAAAGUAUCUUAAAGUACUUUCGGGUGCAUUUGCCGAAACGUUGUCGGAACGAGGAGGUAUCACGCCAUGUUAUGAAGUUAGCUUGUUCGGUGACGCUAAAGAAGUUGAAGAAGUACGAAGCAGAAUUUAUGACACUGAAAGAAGCGCAGGAAAACGCCGACGAAUAUAGCAAUGAAGUGGAGCAAUUACGCGGUGCAGUGGCUCGAAACGAAGAAGAGAAACAGAGGUUGGAGGCAGAACUGUUGCAAGUUAAGGAGAUGUUACAGCGCGAGGUAGCUCGGGCGGAUGCUGAGAGCCGCAGGAGCAACGUUAUUAUAGCAGAGUAUAAGCAGAUCUGCCAACGUCUAGAGGACGAUUACAAUGCCGCAAAGAUGACAUUAAGCGAAUUACGAACAAAAGUUUCAAAGUGCGAAAAAUGUAGAACAUGUAUAAUGGACUCGUCAAAUAUACUGGCGGACAUAGCGCAUCCACUAGAGAAUCGAAUAGAUCCUAUGCUACACAGAGUGCAGGAGAGAGUGCGCGAACUGGAGUUGGAAUUGGCACAGACGAAAUUAGCUCACGUUGAGGCGGAGUGCCGAAAUCAGGAUCUGACACAUCAGUUGCACGCUACAGCUUCUGAAUUGCAAGCUGCACGAAAUAGUUGGCCAUGGUUCAGUAAAACCUUAUUCAGCAUAAAAGAGGGAACCAACAAGAGAGAGGUUUUGGCUCCAGCUACACUGAGAGAUCUGAGACGCGACAGCGCACCCGGAGGUGAUCUACACAACCUGAUACAUGCUCGAAGUCGCGAGGCUCGCGACAAUCUCAAGGAGGUCGUGUGAUGAACAAAAUGCCGAUAAGGAGAAGAAGGAUACGCAUAUCUCGACGAGUCGUGUGCUAGGCACGACAUGCGAGCAUAACGUACGUUCGUAAUUACGUGUAAUAUUCGUCUCAAUUUGUUAACAAAACUUAAUGUGCAUUCUUUAUCACGCUCUACACGCACCACACAUUAAGUACUUUCGACCAGGGCAGUCGCACUUGUGUACCGCUAAUAUUUUAUCGAAAAUGUUAUGAUUCCAUUAGGUUUCUAAAGUUUAUUUGUUUUGUUUCUUUUUCAGUAACUGCGAAAAUAACUUUUGUUGAUAUUGUUUUAUGUUUACCCACUUCUCUUCCUUUCAUUCAGCCACGCGAGACAUUACUUGAUGCGAAAAUUUACAUGACACUACGCGGAUGAUUAACAAUCAGCAAUCUACCGGGAAGAAUAUCUUGUUGCGUAUUUGAACGCGAUGAAUUAUUUACAAUAAUAGGAAAUAAGAAUAAAUAUAUAUGUAUACAUGCCGCGUUUUGUAUGAAACUAGUCUAAGUAUGAAAGGGAGAAAGUGCAGUAGAAACCUUCUACUGUAUAUAUACGUAUGUGUGUGUGUGUGUGUGUGUGUGUGUGUGUAUAUAUAUAUAUAUAUAUAUAUAUAUAUAUAUAUAUAUAUAUAUAUAUAUAUAUAUUAUAUAUAUAAUAUAUAUAUAGUUGCUUUCAAGUGACACAACAAAUACGCGAUUGCGGAAAUCGGUAUAUUUAUAUUGCAGUAAAUAACCAAGAAAUUGGUAAAGUUGUUCUGUUUACUUUUCUAUUAACUAAUUUUAGCUCGAUCACACAACGUAACAUUCCGAAAUAGCGUGAGUGCGUUUUUUUCUUCCAUACGAGUAGACGUCUUUGUUGUUAAGCUUGCUAUUCCACAUAAAUGAUUUCGAAGCUUGACGGAUUAUAUAACGUAUUAUAAUAUGUAUGUAUAAUUACUCACACAAAUAGCGUUAGAUUAGGUUUGAUAUCGAGAGCUUUCGUUACUUUAGUUUUUACAUGUACCUUUUGUCACCGAUAAACACACACGAAGCAUGUAAUAUUUUAUCUCCCUGCCCCGUCUCACUGUGGAGCAUUACUCGUAAGAAUCUAGAAAAUAGACGCGCGUGUACACGUUUGUAAAUGAUGCAUUAGAUGCGAGAUACUCAAGAAUCCCGUUUAGUUACAAUUUGCACUCUGUUUCGACAAAGUCUGUAGCAAGACGGACACCUAUUAUUAAAACCAUAGAUCAUGGUAUUAAGGCACUACUUAAAAAUGCAAUUGCAUCAAUGUGUAAUUUUGUCUAAUAUAUAAAUGUUUCAAAGGAUAAAUUUGCUAUAUAUAUACCUAUACAUACACACACCACACAUAUACACACGCACUUCUGACUAUCAAACUUAGCUUCGUAAGUCGUGCCACGCAUUUACUUAAGUAAAUUAUUUAUUUAUACGGAGUUACAUAUACAGACAUGAAAGGAUUGAGAGUCAAUAUGUAAUGGAAUAUGAUUAAAACUGUUCAUGUUGCAAUUACAAGCAGACUCCUCUGUGCCAUCGCGUUAUACAAUGGAGAUUUAUUUGAAGCACCGAUUUAUAUAUGUAACGUUUACUUCAUUUUCUUGUUGGGCCGAAUUGACCGAGUAGGUAACGAAUCUAAGUAACGAGUAAUAUGUACACGAUUGCAAGCAAAGUUUAUGGUCACUUCUUGGCUUACACUCUACACGAUUAAUCACUUGUAUUACUCAAGAUGGAAAAUUUCAUUUCUGUAAAUACUUAUAAAAGGAAACAAAUUCGCGUACUAACAGGAUCAUGUAAAGUCUUAUAGAGUAACUACGUAUGAACCAUUGUAUACCCUGUAAUUCCAUUCCACUAUUAUUGAAAUAAAGAAAGAUAUCACAUCUCUC